CCAAACCAUACAACAUCGCUCAGUUUGGAUGUCCCUUUUCAGAGCGAUUCUGUGUUACUUCAUUGAAAUAGACGAUGUAUGAAAUUUUUCUGGCGAAAAGCAAAAUACUUCAUUUGUACAAAGGAGACUUUACAGGCUAAAAGAAUAAAAAAGGGUACUUACAGGGAGAAAAUUACAUUCAUUGUAUCGGAUAUUGUGGAAAAGUGCAUUGAUAAUUAAUUUUGGAGGGAAGUGAAUUUUUCGUAACGACUAGCGGGAUCUUUUACGUUUCGUUUUCUCAUUAUAGGUUUUUUAUUUAGUUAUCUACACUCUUUAUUAUAUUUUUAAAAAAUGGCACGAAUUACAAACAUGGGUAGGAGGAAGAAGUUUUUGGAGGCGACACCUUAUGAAGCCAAACCGGUUGAAGCCGCCAGAGACGUCAAGCCAAAUGGAAACAGUUAUGCUUCCAUUGAAGAUUCUGAAAAGAAAGGAUAUAAUGGGGAAGACUCGAAACCGGAUCAGCGGCGGAGAAAGAGCCGUUCAGAGCAUCGCAGAAUCCGGAGACAGAAUAUGAGAUACAAGGACAAGUUUUGUUUUGCAUGCAGAAAACCAGGUCACAUUGUGCAAAACUGCCCUGAGGCAAAAUCAGACGUCUCUAUAUGUUUCCGCUGUGGAAGCAAAGAGCAUUCAUUGAAUGCUUGUCCUAAAAAAGGACCUUUGAAAUUUGCGGUUUGCUUUAUUUGUCAUGAAAAAGGACAUUUAGCAGGUCAAUGCGAGAAGAACCCUCACGGUCUAUACCCUAAAGGGGGUGGUUGCAAGUUUUGUGGAUCGAUACAUCAUUAUGCUAAGGACUGUGAUCAAGUGCGCAAGGAGGAUGUCAAUUACGGUCAUGUUUUGGCUACUGCAGGUACCACAGGUCCUGAUGAAGACGUCUAUCAUGAAUAUGCGAGGGAAGUCACCAAGCCUGCUGUUCCCAAGCCAUCUUCCAAACCAAAAAAGAAAACAGUUACAUUUUGAGCACUUUGAGUUUAAAGAAAAAAAAUAAAAAAAAAUAAAUAAAAGGAUAUGGGUUAUAAUAGGUAUGAUUCUUUCUGAUCAAGCUUUUUUGCCAAUUAAUAGAUCUCGAUCAGUAAUAGUUGGAUAAAAUGCUUCGUAAAGAUAUGGACUAACUUCAUCCUGGUCUUAAAAGUAGUCAUUUUCGUGUUAAGUGUAGCAAUUAUAAAACGA